AUGGCUUUCGAUGUUUCUGCGUUCAGCAGUAUAAAUCAACCACUUCUCUUCAAGAAACAUAUGUACGGUCCCUCUGACGCCGCCCAGGCAACCUGUUGUCAAAAAGACAAUGCCCGGCCAGCUCUUAUGGACCUGGAAAGGCUGAAGAUCGAAGUCUUCACCGAAUACUUCAAAGAACUUGAAGAAGAAUCCAUUAGAGACAACUUCGUCAUUAUUUAUGAACUUCUAGACGAAAUGAUGGACUUUGGAUACCCACAAACCACGGAAUCAAAAAUCCUUCAAGAAUACAUCACCCAAGAAUCGCAUAAAUUAGAAAUCCAAGCCCGUCCACCUAUAGCCGUCACAAAUGCAGUAUCAUGGAGAUCAGAAGGGAUUCGAUACAGGAAAAAUGAGGUGUUCCUUGAUGUUGUCGAAUCACUUAAUUUACUCGUAUCAUCGAAUGGAAAUGUUUUGCGGUCCGAGAUUCUAGGUGCCAUAAAGAUGAAAUGCUAUCUGUCCGGUAUGCCUGAAUUGCGAUUAGGUCUGAACGAUAAAGUAAUGUUUGAAACUACUGGGCGCGCGACACGAGGGAAGGCCAUCGAAAUGGAGGAUGUAAAAUUCCAUCAAUGUGUCCGUCUUUCACGCUUCGAAAACGAUAGAACUAUUUCCUUCAUUCCACCCGACGGAGAAUUCGAAUUGAUGUCUUACCGCCUAAAUACUCAAGUCAAACCAUUGAUCUGGGUUGAAUGUAUUGUGGAAUCGCAUUCUGGAUCAAGAAUCGAAUACAUGCUGAAAGCCAAAGCGCAAUUCAAACGUCGCAGUACGGCCAACAAUGUCGAAAUUACAGUUCCAGUUCCAGAAGAUGCUGAUUCACCACGUUUCCGCACAAAUAUUGGAUCUGUUCACUAUGCACCAGAGAAAUCGGCGAUAGUAUGGAAGAUCAAACAAUUUGGAGGUAGUAAAGAAUUCCUUAUGAGAGCAGAGUUAGGAUUACCGAGUGUGAAGGGUGAUGAUGAACAUGGAGGUGGAAUGACAGGAGGAUUCGGUGGAAGUAUGGGUGGUGUUGGAGGUAAAGGGGCAAAGAGACCAAUCAGUGUGAAAUUUGAGAUUCCAUAUUUCACGACAAGUGGUAUUCAAGUUAGGUAUUUGAAGAUUAUCGAGCCAAAGUUACAAUAUCCAUCCCUUCCUUGGGUUCGCUACAUCACCCAAUCAGGAGAUAUAGCGGUCCGACUCCCAGACGUGAGCUAA